AUGCGAGAACCUUGUUUCCGAUGUCACCGACCAACUUAUAUAAACGACAAGGUGGGGCCUUUAAAGGACGGAGCCAUGUUUCAUAAGGGCUGCUUCAAGUGCUGGAUCUGUGGCUCGAGGUUAUCGCUGAAGACCUACUUCAACAACAGGAAUGACACACAAGACCUGGAGGUGGGUGUUUGCCUUGUUCUAUCUGAUAUAAUGUUUUAUAAAGGGCUUUAUAGUUUUAUUAAUAUAGCAUUUGUCAUCAUUUUUGUAAUUAGGUUUGGCAAGUAGUUAGUCUGGUCAAAAAGUAAAUAUCGCCGUUCCUUUUCAGGUAUACUGUGCCGGCCAUGUUCCCACUCCAGGUCCCCACGAUCCCAUUCCCCACCGUUCCAAUCUGUUAUUCUCGCCAAAAACCCGCGGAGAUUACCCUCAUAAUAUGCGCUGA